ACGUUGUUCCAUUGAUAAUUUAUGAAAAUAGACCAGGUCAAUGUUGCUGUAAUAGGCGUUUUAUUUGUUUCAGAUGUACGAUGUGGUCAUCCGCCUAUACCGUUGAAUGCAAAAUUAACGCUAAGCUCCUCCAGCUUAGUACCAGGUACCACUGCAAGCUACAGAUGUGAUGAAGGGUACGAAACUUUUGGAAACUCGCAGAUUUCCUGCUCGUCUUCCGGUCAAUGGGCAGGAGAAAUGCCCUUUUGCGGUGUAAACAUUGCUUAUCGAAAACCUGCAAAUCAAUCGACAACAGUAAGAGGCGGAACCGCCCUUAAUGCGAACGAUGGUGAAACCAGCAGCGAUCACGAAACGAAAAAAUGCUCAGAAACUCAGAAAGAGGCGAGCCCCUGGUGGCAGGUGGAUUUGCUCAGACCAUACGCAGUCAAAGUGGUGAGAGUGACCACCAGGGGCUGCUGCGGCCAUCAGCCCCUACAAGAUCUGGAAAUCAGAGUGGGAAAUAGCAGUACCGACCUGCAAAGAAACCCUUUAUGUGCGUGGUUUCCUGGAACAAUAGAUGAAGGAUCAACGAAAACCUUCACCUGUGCCCGACCGCUUAUCGGAGAAUAUGUCUUCCUCCAGUUGGUUGGAGUGGAAGGAUCUUUAUCCCUCUGUGAAGUUGAAGUAUUCACACCUGAUGAAUUUUCGGUAGACAGAUGUGCACCGAAAGACUCACCUGAAGAAGCGCAACUUGCAGCUUUUGCCCGCACCUGUUAUGAAUUUGGGGUCUCUAGGGGUGGAUCGUUUCAGGAAGCUCGAGCUUACUGCCAAGGUCACAAUGGGGAUUUAGCCCAUGGAAUGAGCCAAGGACAAACAUCGUUUCUCUACGCUGAACUAGAACGAAGAAAACCAACCCUAAAAACCCAGUUGGUUUGGAUCGGGGCCGAAAAGGAGCCUGGCUUGACUUCCCGGACCUGGAAAUGGGUCAAUGGUAAGUUGGCCGUUUGUUCACAUUCAGCCUUUGUCCUCGCUAUUUUAUCUACCUUUAGCUCGCAGUAGAUUCAAGAUAGAAAA